AACAUCUUUAAAAAACUAAGAAAAGUGACAAUUUUUUUGACAGAGCAGGUUUUUGGCACAGUUAGCAGUUCCGAUAACGGACCAACGGUCCACUAUACUGUGAAAAGAGAGCGUGUAUACCCUACUUGUAUAUGACAGAAGAGGGGCGAUUAAACAUCAUGGGUGACACAUGCGCUCUAUCAGCACUGACUCUAGUCAGCUCCUCAGCGUCUGUUCUCGGGGGGAUAUGUCUGCUAGUCACUCAUUAUAAGAUCAAGGCUCUUCACUACGGAUUGAGGAAUAUCCUGUGUUUCCUUACAAUAUCCGACAUUCUCACAUCCUCAGGAUAUAUAGUUGGAGCUACCAAUUCCAUGAUCGAAUCGUCUGGAGGAAAGUAUUCUGAUGUCGUUUGUAAAGCACAAAGCUUUCUUACAACCUUCUCCAACUUGGCCUCCUUUUCCUGGACUUCAAUGAUUGCCGUCCAUUUAUAUCUGUUGGUCGUAACACCCAUGGACUGGGACAAGAAGAAAUCAUUAAAAGUUGUGUACCAUAUAAUAGGAUGGUUAAUUCCAGCUUAUAUAACGGUACUAAUGUUGAACAACCUCGGAAGAAGUGACGAUAAAACGACAGGACCUUGGUGCUGGAUCAGGACAAGCUCCCCUCCCCAGACCAUGCAAAUUGUAGCCAUGCUUAUCUCAGGGAAACUGUGGGAAAUCCUUACAUAUACCCUGUCGUUUGUACUAUUUGUCCAAUUGAAGAUGAAAACAUACACCGAGAAAAAGAACGAUAGACCUUACCGCUGGCACGAGAUGGUUGCAAAUCUCUCUUCAUUCCGACCGGAAGAUGCGCGACUGUGCUACAUCUGGCUUCCGCUCUAUCUCCUGAGAGUGUGGGGAACCGUUCGAUUCUUUGUGGCAAUAUCCUAUCCGGGUCACCUGUCAGACAGCCAUAACCUCCUCCUUCUAUAUCUGCAAUGUGUCGGAGACAGUUCCCAUGCUUUAGUGAACUUUAUCUUCUUUUGUGUGUUUGAUAAGGAAAUUCGGAUUACGUACGGCAAAGCAUGUAUGCGUUGGGUUUGCGCCCGUAAAGCUGACGCUGGGGAAUCGUUGGAGGUUCAGCUUACUGUGUCCGUGCGGUAUCAGUCAAUUGAACCUUUGUCAAACUUGAUGCAAUCGAAAAACACCUAAAACCCAUGGCUUAACGUUAAUGAUAUACCAAGAUGGAAGUUCAACACCAACAAAACGCCCAUUUCAUUGAUUUUGAUUUCUCUAAAACAUUUUUUUAAUCUAAAACAUUAUUUGUUUGCUUCUGGGCAGAGAUACACUAACCCCUUGAACCGUGCACUGCGCUAUUAUGUGAGAUAACUCCUAAAAUUGCAAUAAGAAGAAUGUUAUAUACAAGGACCGGAUCGGAUUGAAAUUGUUAUACUAUAGUAGAAAUAAAUAGAUGUGUGCUUGUUGAUCAUAACACGAAAUUGCACUGUUUUUUCUCGAUACAAAUAUGAAGAGAUCAAUAGUGAGCAUUUUAUACGUGUAAGUUACUUAUUUCGUAUUUUCAUAUAGAAAAAAAAUAAAACGCACUUUUUUAAAGAAUUCAUUGUACCAAGGAUUUUUAGUGUUUCUUUACGAUCGAACCAUCAACACCAGCCAGUUACUGCUUGCUGCUCAUGAAAAUCAUUAUCAAGCUCGUCGGACACAAGAACAAAAACGGUUAUUGAUGCAUUACAAAAAUGAAUUCAAUGCUCGGAAUUCUCUGAUGAAAAACAAUAAUGUUGAUUGCAAAACGGUAAUUAAAAUCUAUCGGUGGAAAGAAACUGCAUGCGAUCUUGAUAAUAAACACGAUGCGCUAUUAAAGUUGAGGAGGCUGGGUGGUCAACAACCCAUAACAUCUACUUAUCUACUUAAAAAUUUUAAAUAUUAUA